UAGUCUCACAGUUCCGUGCGUUUUGUGUAUGAGACCGUUUCCGCCAGGGGGCGAAAUUCGGCGCAUCGGAUCACUCUUUCACUCUCCCCCGACUAGAAGUUGUAUCUACCCGGGAGAGAGUGAGGAAGAUGGCGGCGGAUGAUCGCUCCCGGUCCGAAGCUGCUCGGCAGCGACGGCAUGACCAGCUCCAGCGAUGGAUGGGGUCCGAAACUGACCGAACAGUCCCAGAAAUACGGGAACGGCCUGUGAGCAACGAGGGGCGGCGGGCUAGGGUUCGCUUCACCCAGGGCGCUGUGUUCAUGGCUGCCUGCUCGGCCGGAGACCGGGAGGAGGUGGCUGCAUUGCUACGCCAAGGAGCCGACAUCAACCAUGCCAACAUAGACGGACUGACAGCAUUGCAUCAGGCCUGCAUCGAUGAGAAUGCGGAGAUGGUGCAGUUCCUGGUGGAGAGCGGCAGCGACGUGAACCGAGGAGACAACGAGGGCUGGACCCCGCUGCACGCGGCGGCCUCCUGCGGCUUCCUGCAGAUCACUAAGUACCUGAUCGAGCAUGGCGCGCGGGUGGGGGUGGUGAACAGCGAAGGAGAGCUCCCUCUGGACGUGGCCACGGAGGACGCGAUGUCAAGACUCCUGAAGGAGGAGAUCAAGAAGCAGGCUGUGGAUGUGGAUAGUGCCAGGCGAGAGGAGGAGAGGGUGAUGCUGCAGGACGCCAUGGCGGUUUUGGGUGGGCGUGCCACCCUGACCCCCCACCCUAACACCGGAGCAACUGCGCUCCAUGUGGCAGUUGCCAAGGGCUACAUCCAGGUCAUGAAGGUGCUGCUGCAGUGUGGGUUAGAUGUGGACAGCAGGGACUGUGACGGUUGGACCCCCCUCCACGCCGCGGCGCACUGGGGUCAGGAGGAGGCCUGCAGCCUGCUGGCCGAUAACAUGUGUGACAUGGGGGCUGUCAACAAAGUGGGACAGACCCCCCUGGACGUAGCUGAUGAGAAUUUGGUCGACAGCCUGGAGGAGCUAAUGAAGAAACAGAAAGCUUUGCGUACAGAGAAGCAGAAGCAGAGCCCCAUCAUCGAAAUCAAUCCCCCCGUCACCGUGGCACCAGUGCGCACCAGGAAGACUUCAAUAUCUCGUAUGAGCAGCAAGGAGAAGAUCAGCCUUCACGAGAGGGAGCGCCACGCCCCCCCCGCCCUGCAGAGCAGCCCUGCCGAGGAGGAAGAGGAGGGACAGACGGGCCCCCAGGGGCCACCCGGGGCCUCCCACAGCUCGAGCUCCGAGGAGGAGAGCGAAUCGGAGAGCGACGGAGAGUCAGAAAAAAUGAAAACGCGAGAAAUCAUCAACAACCUGAACAACAAGCGCAACAGCUCCGCCCCCCCUGCCAGCACCACGGCAACCAGCGCAGCAGGAACUGUGGGUAAAAAGUCGGACCCUGGCAGGCCCCCGGCCCCUGAGGGCCCGGAGUCCAGUAGGAUGUCUCUGCGUAAGGCGGGGAGUUUUGGGGCCCUGAGUACCACAGGGGCCCUGGCCCCCGGGUCUGAGCGCAGCCCGAUCGCGCGCAUGAUGCGCUGGCCAGUCCGACUCAGCUGGAGUCGACCCAGGGAGCCAAGGUUGGCUCGAGUUCCUCCUACUCCAACACGCCGACUCUUCACCAUUGCAGACCUUAAUAAUCCAGACCUCUCCAGCAGUGGGCUAACUCGUAGCUCCUCCUAUACACGACGCCUGAACAGCCAAACAGGAAGUGAUCUGACAAGCCAAGCCCCCAGCAUGACCCGCAGCUCCUCUUACGGACGGAAACUAGAUGAACCUGCAGUUACCUCCGUAACCACGGGACCCACUUCUGCUCUCAGCCGCCUCAACAGCCUCACAUCACAGAGGCUUGCUCAGGAUCAGCUGGAAAAGAAGGAACCGGAAUCCUCGACCACCUCAAAUUCUGUCACCACGGCAACCAGCGAGUUGGAAUCCAAGCAGAGGCGCAAGUCGUACCUGACCCCGGUUCGGGACGAGGAGGCGGAGGCUCAGCGGAGGGCUCGCUCCCGGCACGCCCGGCAGUCCCGCAGGUCCACUCAGGGGGUGACGCUCACAGACCUGCAAGAGGCUGAGAAGAUGAAGACGGAGCAGAAGGAGAGAGAGAAGAAGAAGGAGGACGAGGACAGGGACGCGAGACAGAGGAAGGGAGACGAGGGGGAGGUGAGCUGGAGGUCCCGAAUUGCAAACCUGCAGAAAUCGGACCUCCUGGGCCUGACCAGCCCCCCGGGGGCCCCCCGCGCCCCCGCAGCGGAGGGGAGAGGUACUGAGCCUGCGGACGGAGAGGACCGGGAGAGGAGGAGGCUGCGGACUCGCAGGAGAGGAGCUCACAGGACCGAAGAGAGCGACGAUAAUGAACCGAGCGGGGAGGAUGAAGGGGUCGCGGGGGGACAGGCAAACAGGUACACCAGCAGGUCUGAUGUGUCCUGUAAUGAUCGCAUCAUCGGCAGAGGAUCAGAAACAAAGGACUACAAGAAGCUGUUUGAUGAGGUCUCUCGGGAGAACGGGCAGCUGCAGGCCCAGCUUCAGGACACCCUGCGCACAGUAUCCCAAACCCGCAUGGAUCUGGACAAGGCUACGCAGAGACAGGAGCGCUUCAGCGACUGCUCCGCCCUCCUGGAGCUGGAGAAGAAGGAGCGGCGAAUCCUAGAGCGGCGUGUAGCGGAACUGGAGGAGGAGCUAAAGGUGCUGGGUGACCUGCGGGCUGAUAACCAGCGCCUGAAAGAUGAGAACGGAGCCCUGAUCCGCGUCAUCAGCAAGCUGUCUAAAUAAACGCAGGAGGGGAGAGAGGGAGCGUUCCCCUCCUCUGCCUCCCUCCCUCUCUCCGCGCCCCCGGCUCCUACCUAGUGCCAAAGAAAGGAGAGAAUAACGGAAGAAUGUCACACUGCCCCACCACCACCACCGCCACCACCCCACCUCCCCCGGUCCUCUGUCGCAGCCGGUCGCCGUGGCAACAGCACGUCUUGUGGUCCACAGUCCGGAAGGGCCACCCAGUCCGGUCUCCAGGUUCACGGCGUUCUGCUGAAAAAAGAGAACGAAGAGACGGACAGAACGCACACGUACAGACCCAGCACUGAGGGCGUACUCACACAUAGUCACACACUCACACACACUCUCUCACACAUGUACAGACCCAGCACUGAGAGCGUACUCACACAGUCACACACUCACACACACUCUCACACGUACAGACCCAGCACUGAGAGCGUACUCACACAUAGUCACACACUCACACACUCUCUCACACGUACAGGCCCAGCACUGAGAGCGUACUCACACAUAGUCACACACUCUCUCACACGUACAGACCCAGCACUGAGGGCGUACUCACACAUAGUCACACACUCACACACACUCUCUCACACAUGUACAGACCCAGCACUGAGAGCGUACUCACACAUACUCACACACUCUCUCACACGUACAGACCCAGCACUGAGGGCGUACUCACACAUAGUCACACACUCACACACUCUCUCACACGUACAGGCCCAGCACUGAGGGCGUACUCACACAUAGUCACACACUCUCUCUCGCACAUGUACAGACCCAGCACUGAGGGCGUACUCACACAUAGUCACACACUCUCUCUCACACACGUACAGACCCAGCACUGAGGCGUACUCACACAUAGUCCCUCACACUCUCUCUCUCACACGUACAGACCCAGCACUGAGGGCGUACUCACACAUAGUCACACACUCACACACACUCUCACACGUACAGGCCCAGCACUGAGGGCGUACUCACACAUAGUCACACACUCACACACACUCUCUCACACAUGUACAGACCCAGCACUGAGGGCGUACUCACACAGUCACAUACUCACACACUCUCUCUCACACAUGUACAGACCCAGCACUGAGAGCGUACUCACACAGUCACACACUCUCUCACACAUGUACAGACCCAGUACUGAGAGCGUACUCACACAGUCACACAUUCACACACACACUCACACACUCUCUCACACAUAGCGGCAUCCAUAUACAGAGUACACCUGUAAAUACACACUCACAACCGCACGUUCACUCUCUCACACACACACACACUCACAGACACACACACUCAAACACUCACUCACUCACACACACACACACACUCACUCACAUACACGCACACUCAAACACUCACUCUCACACUCACGCACUCACUCACACACAUAUACGCAGAUGCACUCAGAAACACGCAUAUGAACAACCACACAUUCACACCUGAGACAGCACACACAGCCCCGUGACCACACACAUAUACAUUCCCUUCGUGAAGGACCACAAGCACACCGGCGACCGUAAGGACAGACACACCUGUGACCACAAGCACACCUGCGACCAUACAGACACACCUGUGACCACAAGUACACCUGCGACCAUACAGACACACCCGUGACCACAAGUAUAUCUGCAACCCUAAGUACAGACACCGGAGACUGCUGGUACACCUGUGACCGUAAGGACAGACACACCUGUGACCACAAGCACACCUGCGACCAUACAGACACACCUGUGACCACAAGUAUAUCUGCAACCCUAAGUACAGACACCGGAGACUGCUGAUGCACCUGUGACCGUAAGGACAGACACACCUGUGACCACAAUCACCCCUGCGACCAUACAGACACACCUGUGACCACAAGUACACCUGUGACCGUAAGUACAGACACCGGGGACCACUGGUACACCUGAGACCAUACAAACACACCCAAGAGCAUACAAACAAGCACACCUUAGACCACAAGUACACUCCAUGUGAAGGACCACAUCUCACACGCCCGUACAGCCUGGACCAAUCACGAGGGUACUUUCCCACCUGACACACCUCUUAACUGUCCAGUCACAACCACACUCCACCCUUCUGUGUGAUCACUAGCAAAUUUCACUCACCUGUCCAAUCACAACCACAUUCUACCCACCUGUCCAAUCACCACUCCACCAACCUGUCCAAUCACAACCACACUCCACCCAUUUGUUUGAUCACAAGCACAUUUCACUCACCUGUCCAAUCACAACCACACUCUACCCACCUGUCCAAUCACAACCACACUCCACCCACCUGUCCAAUCACCACACUUCACCAACCUGUCCAAUCGCAACCACACUCUACCCAUCUGUGUAAUCACAAAUGCACUCUGCAUGGCAGUCCAGGCUCAUACACACUCCGUACUCACACUUAGUCCAAUAAGAAUGUCCAUUCCACCCUUCCACACCCACCUCUGUGACAUCACAGGAGCAAAUCAAUCAUUCCCCCUCCCUCUAUAGUCAAAGGUUGAAGGUCAAAGGUCAAUGCACAGUAUACAAGUGGCUGUUUUGUAUGACACUAAUAUGCAAAUGAUUAUUUUAAUUACUGUUGUUAUUAUGAUAAUGGUUAUUAUUGAUAUUAUGGUAUUGAUGUUUUUGUUUUAUUUUUUACAUUGCAAUUGUCCAUUCCUUCCAGGGAAACACGUGUAUAUGGAUAUAUAUGCAUAUGAAUAUAUAUGUGUACAAAUAUUACUAUUCAUUUGAAGCAGUAAUCUCGUGAGAUUAAAUAAUUAUUAUUGUCACACCCUUGUCGCUCACAUGUUGUUUUAUAAUAUAUUAAACCAAUGUCAGCACUUGAUAAUAAAGUUGUGUGUGUUUGUA